AUGGCUACCCAGCAAGGAGCUCCAUCCCGUCCAUGGUUCCGCCUAGCAACCAUGGUUCGACCACCACCACCACCACCAACCCCACAACCUGAUCAAGCCCCGCCACCACCACCAAGGCCAGCAGCAUUCAUGCGACCAGCAUUUUCUCAGACAUUUCGAGUACCACCAACUGUACCUCCUCCACAAACCACCGCAACCCCACCAGCUGUAUCUCCGCCACGACCUGCCGCAACCUUACCAGCUGCUAAUAGCGUAGCACCAACAUUACCACCACAACCGCCAGCAGCCAGAGCUUCACCACCAUCACCACCACCACCGUCACCUAAGGAGACUUCAUCUUCAACCUCUAGCACUUCACCAAUGCAACAAUCUCGACCUCCCUCACCGGUGACAACUCCCCAUGUACCACCUCCACCGACACCGCCUCAGCCAUCAUAUUCACCACCACCCAUCCCUCGUUCAUCAACCCCAACAUACUCCCCUCCAAAACCAAGCAAACAACUAGAAAAAAUCUCGCCUCCUUCUCCUCCAAAUCCAAUCAACCCUGUUUCUCACCCUCCAUCUCCUUUGGCCCUCCCUUCACCACAACUCAAGCCAGAAUACGAGCAGAAGACCAUGGUCGUACAAGAAACAAAAGAAAUCCCUAAAAAUCUGGAUAAGGGUUUUAAUGGCGACAUUCGUAGACACUCGGUUAAUUGGGGUACUCGUAACCCUAAAAAAUCUGAAACUUCUAAGAAACACUCGCACUCGGAUUCUGAGGAUGGGGGAAUGAGGAUUAUAAUAAUUGCAGGUGAAAACAAAGGAGCAAUCAUGGAGUUGAGCCCUUUUGGCAAAAAGACUCAUAAUUUUGGGGACAACCCACACAGACUCCACAUGAAGAAAGACAGUCCUACUCCUACCCAACCAAGUGAUGGAGAGAAGUCAGGAAGUAAUUCAGAUGGAAAGUCAAAAGCAAUCAAGUCAAAGUCGCCACUCAUGUGUGCAGUCAUGAAUAGUAACGUACAGGGUGUAAACAAUUCCAUUCUCUACAAUUGCUCCACUUCUCAUCAUGACCCGGGUGUCCAUCUCUCUCUCUCAAGAAAGCCCAUGGGUUUUAACUCAAAACUCAAACAUCACAUCAACUAG